CAAUGAUUCUACCCAUAUCAUAUCAUAUGAGGUUUAAAAAGCCACAAUCCCUUUAAGACUUCCCCCAACCUCCGCCAUUAUUCUCCCUUUCAAAAAGUUCUCUUUCAAAGCGUUUAGAGAGAAGCCCAACCCAAAGGAAACAAAACCCUUCUCUCUCCUUCCCACUCUGUCGCUUUUUGUUUUGUGGGACUUCAGAUACAGACAACACUCAUUCACUCUGCAACAACAUAUGGCGACACCUCUUCCCUUCACCUCUUCUGCAUUUUCACCUGCCAACACUCUCAUUUUCAUGCCUUCUCUGCUUCAUCCGAUCUCUUUAAUCGGAAACUGAGCUUUUAUGUUUCAUUUCGUUUACUGGGCGGUGCUUUUUUUAAACUGCAUUGUGGGUUUUGUCGUCGUCCAUGGGGGAGAAAGAUUCUCUGUUUUUUCUUAUAUUUUUUUUGGGGCUAUGCGCACCGUUUUUGGCGUGUGCCGCCGGGAGGACCGCCGUGGCGGAAGCGGAGAUUGAUGCGCUGAUGUCUUUGAAGAUGAACCUGUACGAUCCGUCGGGGGCGUUGAACGGCUGGGACCCAUCAACGCCGGCUGCUCCAUGUGACUGGCGUGGGAUUGCUUGCAACGAGGACAGAGUGACGGAGCUCCGUUUGCCUAGUUUGCGACUCGGCGGCCGGCUAACUGACCGACUUGCUAAUCUGCGCAUGUUGCGCAAGCUUAGCCUCCGCUCCAACUCGCUCAACGGUACUAUUCCUUCUUCCCUUUCCCAAUGCUCGCUCCUACGCGCCGUCUUUUUGCAGUAUAACUCACUCUCCGGCGAGCUCCCGCAGGAGAUCGGCAAUCUUACCAACCUCCAGGUUUUCAAUGUUGCCCAGAACAGCCUCUCUGGAGAGAUCUCCGGCGAGUUUCCUCCGAGCCUCAAGUAUCUGGACCUGUCAUCGAACACUUUCUCUGGUUCCCUGCCCAGAAGCAUCGCCAACUUGUCCCAGCUUCAACUUAUCAACCUUUCUUAUAAUCAGUUCUCCGGUGAGAUUCCGGCAAGUUUUGGCGGGUUGCAGGAUCUCCAGUACUUGUGGCUCGAUUACAAUAUGCUACAAGGGACUUUACCUUCAGCCAUCGCCAAUUGUUCUUCUCUUGUUCAAUUGAGCGCGGAAGGGAACUCGCUAGGCGGCGUGUUCCCAACCGCCAUUGGCUCGCUCCCUAAGCUUCAGGUUGUCUCACUGUCGAAGAAUAAUCUCUCUGGUUCGGUACCGUUUUCCCUGUUCUGCAACGUAUCGGCUUACCCCCCUUCUCUAAAGAUCGUGCAGUUGGGUUCCAAUUCAUUCACGAAUGUUGUGGGUCGUGAAACAGGGGAAUGUCACAGCGUUUUGCUGGUAUUGGAUCUUCACGAGAACCGGAUUCGAGGCAGCUUUCCUUCGUGGUUAACCAGCAUCUUAACAUUGAGGGAUUUGGAUGUCUCGGAUAACUUGUUUUCAGGUGAGAUUCCGGCGGAGAUUGGAAACUUGAUGGGGUUAGAGGAGUUGAAAAUGGCUAACAACUCUUUGACUGGGACCGUCCCCGUCGAGAUUAAGCAAUGUACCUCCUUGCACGUUCUUGAUCUUGGAGGAAACCGCUUCGCUGGGGAUGUUCCAGUUUUCUUCGAUGAGAUGAAGGGUUUAAGGGUUUUAUCUCUUGGUAGCAAUCUCUUCUCUGGUUCAGUUCCGGCGAGUUUUCAAAACCUGUCAGGUUUGGAGCUCUUGGACUUGAGGCGUAACAACUUGAGUGGAAGCUUCCCAAUGGGGCUAACAUCGUUGAACAACUUGACAACAUUAGACCUCAGUGGCAACAAGUUUUCUGGUGAAAUUCCUUCCAGUAUCGGGAGCUUGAGUCGGAUAAUGAUCUUGAACCUGAGCGGUAAUGGGUUUUUUGGUAAGAUUCCGGCAAGUCUCGGCAAUUUGUUCAAGCUUACAACACUGGACUUAAGCAAGCAGAACUUCUCCGGAGAGCUGCCGUUUGAGAUCUCUGGUUUGCCGAAUCUGCAAGUGAUUGCUUUGCAGGAGAACAAUUUGUCUGGGGACGUGCCUGAAGGAUUCAGUAGCUUGGUCAGCUUGCGCUAUGUGAACCUAAGUUCAAAUUCAUUCUCUGGUCAUAUUCCUGAGACAUUUGGUUUUCUUCACUCCUUAUCUGUUCUCUCAUUGUCAGACAAUAAAAUUUCUGGAUUGAUUCCACCACAGCUCGCAAAUUGCUCUGAUCUUGAAGUUCUUGAGCUCCGAUCAAAUUACUUAACGGGUGAGAUUCCUGAUGAUCUCUCGCGCCUCUCCCGUCUGAGUGUUCUUGAUUUGGGUGGCAACAAUUUAACGGGUGAAAUCCCAGAAGAAAUCUCCAGAAGCUCAUCUUUAAAAUCACUGUUAUUGGAUGAUAAUCAUCUUUCAGGAGGAAUCCCAUAUUCAUUAUCGAAUUUGUCAAACCUGACAGUGCUGGAUCUCUCUGCUAACAACUUGACUGGCUCGAUUCCGGCUAAUCUCACUGUUAUUCCAAGCUUGCUGUACUUGAAUGUUUCAAGCAAUGAUCUUGAAGGAGAAAUACCAGUCCUGCUCGGUUCUAGAUUUAACAACCCAUCACUUUUUGCAGGCAAUAAAGACUUGUGCGGGAAGCCAUUGGAGUCGAAGUGCGAGGAUGUUGAGAACAAGAAGACGAAGAAGAGGUUGAUUCUGCUGAUAGUUGUUGCUGUUAGUGGUGCUUGUCUCUUGGCAUUAUGCUGUUGCUUCUAUAUUUUCAGCCUCUUGAGAUGGCGCAAGAGACUGAUAGAGAGAGCAGCUGGGGAGAAGAAACGAAGCCCGGCGAGGGCGAGUUCAGGGGCCAGCGGAGGACGAGGAAGCACCGACAGUGGCGGGCCAAAACUUGUCAUGUUCAAUAACAAGAUCACAGUAGCAGAAACCACUGAAGCAACCAGACAAUUUGACGAAGAAAAUGUGCUGAGCAGAAGCCGUUAUGGAUUGGUCUUCAAAGCUUGUUACAACGAUGGAAUGGUGUUAUCAAUCCGCCGUCUUCCCGAUGGAUCACUGGACGAGAACAUGUUCAAAAAAGAAGCCGAGUUUCUAGGGAAAGUCCGGCACAGAAAUUUGACAGUUCUCCGCGGCUACUACGCCGGGCCGCCUGAUUUGCGGCUUCUUGUCUACGACUACAUGCCCAAUGGGAACCUCGCAACUCUGCUCCAAGAAGCAUCCCACCAAGACGGCCAUGUCCUGAAUUGGCCAAUGCGCCACCUCAUAGCUCUCGGCAUUGCCCGAGGGCUGGCUUUCCUCCACACAUCCAACAUGGUCCACGGCGAUGUGAAGCCUCAAAAUGUCCUAUUCGACGCCGAUUUUGAAGCCCAUUUAUCGGAUUUCGGACUUGAUAGGCUCACGUCGGCGACAUCGGCGGAGGCCGCUGCCUCAACUUCAACUUCAGUUGGCACUUUGGGCUAUGUUUCCCCUGAAACUGUACUUACUGGAGAGGCCACAAAAGAAUCGGAUGUAUACAGUUUCGGCAUUGUCUUGCUCGAGCUGCUCACAGGGAAAAGACCAGUAAUGUUCAACCAAGACGAAGACAUAGUGAAGUGGGUGAAGAAGCAAUUACAAAAGGGUCAAAUUACAGAAUUGUUAGAACCGGGAUUGCUCGAGCUAGACCCUGAAUCAUCAGAAUGGGAAGAGUUCUUGCUGGGAGUGAAAGUCGGGUUACUCUGCACCGCACCGGACCCGCUUGACCGACCCACAAUGUCUGAUAUUGUCUUCAUGCUUGAAGGUUGUCGUGUUGGUCCCGAUGUUCCGUCUUCCGCCGAUCCCACCUCACAGCCGUCGCCGGCAUAACAACCGGAAACUUAAAACUUUGUUAACCAUUUUUUUUUUUUGCAGAAUGUAACAGUAGGCUGUGUAGGGUUUGUUUGUAUUCGCUUAUGGGAUCCGGGUAGUUUUACAUUUUUGCCCUUGCUCUCUUGUGUUUGAUUUUUUUAAAUAUGAAUACCGUGGGGUCCACGGGGAAUGACGAAAAGUCAGACCUAUUUCAGUCAACACGAGAUGGACGGGCACUGUUAAGAGAAGCAGACAGUAAAAUGUGGGGCCCGGUUCCCGCCAAAUGCGAGAGAUUUGAUUGGUUUAGACUCGGUUCAUCACGUGGGGAAGUUCGGCCGCAAGUUAAAAAUGUAGCCGUUAUAUUGUGGCCCCGAGGUACACACCCUGGCAAAGAGUUUAAAAAAAAAAAAAAAAAUGAGAGAGAGAGAAUCCCCGGCAGCAUCUGAUUUUUUAGG